CUACCUUUGAAACUAGUGAAAGCUUCCAAGGAAGGUCUGGUGUGGCAUGCUGGUCUUCUUGUUCAGAUUCAAAGCUCUUGAAAAAAUUACUAGGAUGCUCCUUGGAUUCCAGCUGUAAACCUUUUCUGCUUUUUCAAAUCAAGAGGCUUGCUUGCUGGUCAUAUUUGUAAUGUUCAUUAUUUGUAUAACUGUGUUGAUAAAAAAUUUGAAUCACGUGCUCUUGGUAACAUGAAUUGCAUGUUCUGGUGCUGCUUUAAUGUAUAGAAAUAAGAUUAAGAAACACUUAAGGUUGCUGAAGACACAUACAUCUUUUUAUAAAGACAUUGAUUGGUAAUAAAUUGUCUAUACUUUCCUGAGUUGUUUUAAAUACAAAUAUGGUUAAACAGAGCCAUCUUAAACUGCUUUCCUCCUGUUGUUUUGCAGCCUUCUUUAACCUGGAAUCCUCUGGGUAUGUUGGACCUAGUGCUGCUUAUGGUCUGUAAAGCCGUGUGGCCUGGAUCCAGGUUAUCGGAAGGACUGUAUUUCCUUGUAGAAGCCUACCUAAGAUCUUUAAGAAGUGGCGCCCUGGCCCCUGGCGUUUGUUUGGGGCUGCACUCGUGCACACACGCGCUCCAGCAAGCACCUUUCCUCUCCUCCUGGCCCUGGCAAAGCCAGGAGGAGUGCAAAUGCCACCCCUAAACUUUUUGAGGGGCCUGAGGGGGAGGAGCCAAAAAGCCCUGGAGGAGAGAGAAGCAGGGACAGAAGGCUGCACCGGGCUGCAUCCACACUCAAGAAAUAACCAGGUUGAGCAGAUUCCGGAUACCUCUGUGUAAACUCUUUGCCUAAAAAAAGUCAUCUCUUUGCCCUGCAGUACGUUUGAGGAACCAUAUUAACUUACAAAAAAUGAGCUGAGAAUAAUUGGAUACAGAGGAUAGAAACUUCACUGUGGGAACGCUCUAAUGGAUGACAGGGAAUCUCCUACAAAUGACCUGCAGUUGAAUUUACAAGAAUUACCUCAUACUGAUACACACGUGGAAAAGAUAAAAAAGUGUUUGGCCAGUUCUCCAGAUGAAAAUGAAAAUCAGUUUAACAGAAGCAAGCAUGAUGCUCUGAACAGCAGAGAUAACAAAAUGGGAAAAGUUGAGCAGGACAGCAUAAAUAAUAAUGAGGACAGGGGAGACUACACAUCUUGUUGCCGUGAAGAUGAAAGUGAUAAGCUAUCUAGAAGUUUCACUGCAGAUGAAAUGCUCCCUGUUGAAAAAUAUGCCUCUGAAAAAAGGAAUCCAAGAAAAACACAGAAUUUCAGCAGUGAAGACAAGCGGGAGAAGACUGUCAUUGCAACAGCAGCUCCUGCCUAUGAUGAAGACAUAAAUAAGAUGAAUGCAAAUUCUUCCCAGAACGAUCCAAACCAGACCUUACAAGCCCUUUUCUCUCUCCUGCGAGAAGAAUUUGAGCAGAUGGAUUCACGAUUGCUACCUCUGUAUCUCCAUCAGAUUGCUGAAACCUAUUUUCAAGCUGGAGAAUAUGAGAAAGCCAUGAAGUUCAUUCAGCUUGAACGGUUAUAUCAUGAGCAGUUACUUGCAAAUCUUUCCUCUAUUCAACAGCAAUGGGAAAAAAAAUGGAAAACAACAGAACUGAGUGAGGCUCCAGAUCUAAAGAAUUCAGCUAAAGGUCUGAAUAAUGAAGAGUUAGACAAACUUGCUGAACUUUGCACAUCACAUCAAGAGCCACUUCUGUCCAAAAGCAAGCUGAUAAGUAAAGAAAAGUCCUUGAGACAUGAGAGUUUGAUAGGUUUAAUGGUAACAGAAGAUUUAAAGGAAAGAAACACGGCUGCAAAUGAUUCAGAUACACAAACUUGGUCUGGCAUUGGGCCAAAGGAAGAGAAUCAUCACAAAGAGAGUGAAAGGAGAGAGAGUUUCCAGUCUAGAAGCCAUUAUAUGCUUCAGGAGAGGGCAGGUCAUCGCCUAGCUGUGGAGAAGGACCUUAUGGAGAAGGCGCACCGCAUUGCUGAAUCAACACAAGAUCCACCCACUCGGUCCACAGGGAAGCUGAGCACGCCUCAUUCUGGCUGUUUAUCUUUUAGGGAUGCUAGUGAAGAUGACGGUCGGCAGCUAAGGGAAGAACAGUUCUCUGAGGAUGUGGCAGAAAUAGAAGCAGCUGCUGAGGAGCCUGCAGCAGAGUGCUCUAGUAAGCCAAUGGUAGAUACAUUGAUUGUGACAGAUGCUGGUAAUAUACCUCCUGAUCUAAUUUCCACAGAUGAAAAUGUUCUGUCUGAAAGAAACUUUCUCAGGUCUGCCAGCCAUCAGCUGGAAAGUAGCAUAUUAAGCAAGCAGCAGCAGCCUGAUUACGAAAAUGAUAGAAAUUCUGACCAAGGCAAAACAUCAGACAUCAGUCGGGAUGGGUGUGCUGAAAGUAGCAUACCUGAAAAGGCUUGUGCCACACGUGAAGGAAUACAAAAGGAAGCAACAGUCCUGGAAGAGGAAUGUGAAAGCGAAGGACCAGAAGACUUAUUUGACAGGUUUUUAAAUGGUAGUGUAAAAGACAGAGAAGAGUCCCCCAAAUCCCUAGAAAGCCAACGGGACUCUGAAAUUGCUACUCAUAUUCUACCAGAUCAAGCACUUUAUAGUUCAUCAGAUGGUUUUUCUUUGGAUGAAAGCUUUUCUUCACUUGACGAACUUGCAAAACGGAUAGAGAUUGCUGAGACUGUUCCUACAGAAGGACUUGUAUCCAUAUUAAAGAAAAGAGAUGACACUGAAGGAAAAGCAUUUGCUCAAAUCCAACAAAGACAGUCAAAAAGAAGAGUGAGAUUCCAAGAAAUGGAUGAUACAUUAGAUCAAGAGGAAGUUGGAGGUGGUUCGUGCAUUUUGCUGAUCUUACUGUGUAUAGCAACUGUAUUCCUUAGUAUUGGAGGAACAGCACUGUACUGCACAUUUGGUGAUGCAAAAUCUCCGGUAUGUACUGAGUUUGCAACCAAUGUGGACUUUUAUUAUACUCGAAUACUGCAAGGUAUAGAGGAGCUUAAGCACUGGAUAUCCUUCUCAUAGAGAAAACGGAUAUAAACAUUUGCUGACGUCCUGUUGACAAUUACUGAAGAAAGAAAAAUCUUCAAUCUUCUUAUGAUAUGGCACCUCCAGAAGAUGAAUAGGAAAUGACAUAAGCACCUACAUAGGAGCUACUUUCCAGUGAUUAGGAAUAUAGAAAUCAUGUUAAAGCCUCAAGAGGCAACAUGACAAACUGGUAAAUGCACUGUCCUAAUAUUUGUCUUUUGAGAUGCUUUGAUUACCAUCUACACUUGGGAGAUGAAGAAGAAGAAAAAAUGAUUGCCUUCCUUACAGUUUUUGGUCUUCACAUAAUCAUAUGCAAUCUGUAAAUUUAGUGCAAGACUAUUGAUUUUUCUUUCCAGCUAAUUUUGCAAAGAUAUUGUCUCCAGCUAUCAUGCAAUAAGUCCAGACCUUAUGGAAAUGUUCCUAAUUUGGGUUUAAAUAAUGUCUGUCUUGUUUUUUAAUUGUCUGGUGAGUUGUGUAAUUUGGAGUAUUCCUGUAAAAAUCAGAGCCCUCCAUCUAGAUUCUAGAUGUUAGUCUGCCUUGCAUUUCAGAAUAUAGUAACUGCAAUAAGUAAUGCAUCCAUCAUUUCAUAAACAGCCUUGGCAAACUUUGUGGAAUUUUCAAGUUGUAGGUUUAUAAGAAAUGAAAAUUUAAAAAUAGAUUGACAACACAUCAAACAAAAAAGACUAUGAAAGGUGUCAUCAUCAUACCUUUAACAAGAUGCUUGCCACAUUUCAUGUUUUAUGUUUUAAAUGUAUACCUAGAAAUGUGAAGUGCGCAUGCAACCAGCAUCAUACUGAUAUACUUGAUGAGGAGCCAUAAUUGGCUAUAGGUUCCUACUGCAUUCAGAAGCAAACCUGAGUGAUGAGCAAAGUGGGCUAUAGAUGUAUCAUAACUCUCAGUGGUUCUCUUAAACCUACUAAUUUCUACUUGAUCACAUUAUGAAGGGAAAAAAUGAACACCGAGAAAGCCUGUGUUUGCACAAGGAUGUAAACGUAUUAGUUUAAUAUUUGAAAUGCAUGCCUCAGAGAGAGAAGAAUUAGAAUCUGACUUUGCUACACCCAGACCAAAGAGCAACAGGAACAAUCUAAUUAUGCCAUUUCACCAGUAGCUCUUUAUUGUUGUCAGGUGAAGGUUCUGCCUCCAUUGCAAUUCAGCAGUAGAUUGUCUUGCUUUCCAUUUAGGUCAUGUUUCCCACAGUCACCAAACUUUUCUGAAACUUUUAAAUGUUGGAUUAAAAAGGGACUAAAUGAGAGCAGCAAUUUAAAAAAAUUUUAAGAGGGAACAGAAAUAGGAGCCACUGAAAAUUACAUACAGUGACAGUGCAUGCCAGCCAUUUUAUUUUAUUAGUCUUUGGGUUUGUAGACUUUAAACUGUCUGCCUUCCUGCUGAGACACUUUUCACACCAAUAUCAGGUGAGACCCCUGCAUGCAGUUUAGAAAAAUGGAAUGUUUAAGUCAGGCAUUUAGCUGACAUGGGGCUUUGGGUCGUCAUCAUCUUUGUGUGCCUUAGAAGUUUCCUACACCAUCCUUGUGUCUGCUGUCAGUUUAUGUUUGGGGCCAUUUGCCUCCAUAAAAGCUGCCCUUAUUGAGUUUCCUCUAACAAAGUGAAAACAUUAUUCUUCACCAGUCAACGACUCUUGAUUAUAACAUAUAGGAAGCAGUCUAGGAUUUCUGUGUGCAAACCCUUUCUGAAAUAUGCUUGACUAACCUCUCCUCAAUUUGAAAAUGAUCCACCAUGUGGCACAGAGGGCUCAAUGUUCAAGAAAUACAAAACCUAAACUCAAUGAUGUAUCCAAAACUAGUAGUCCCACAUAGUAGUGAAUCUUGGACAGUGGCCUAAAUCCAGACUUAACAAUAGCUGAAUAACCAGCACUGUCGUGGAUUACACUUCUGUGCAAACAUUUGUUCAAGAAAUUGCCCAAUAAAACCUGGAUUGGAUAGUGCUUCUGUAUUAACUAUGAAAAUGUGCAUCCACUACUACAGUACUAGCACAACAGCAGCAUUGGAUACUGGCCCAAAUAUUUUUAGAUUCUUUAGUUUAUUAACCUCUUUGUGUGAAUGUGGAAUUGCUUUUUGGGAUAUUUCUGAGAAUAGCUUUCAAAGCAUUUUCUGAAAUAACUGGAGGCGGGGGGGGGGCUUAUUUGUGCCUGGAUGGGGCCAUACAUUAUAUUGCGCUUCCAUGGCUCUUUAAAAAAAGCUAUAUUUUAUAUAAAUAUUUCCACCUAUUAACUUAACAGGCCUCCCUAGGAGAUACACAAUAAAUAAAAACAGAUAAAACCACCAAAAACAUUGUUUAAAAAUAGACAGUGGUCCAAAAUACACUGCAAAAAUAAUCCAGUUU